GAGUUCUAUUUCUUUGUUGACGAGGCAACAAAGCUCAUUUUGAAGUCUACAACAACAAACAAAGCAGGAGGGAAAUACAAGGGAACCAUAGUUUCUCUCUGGGAUCUUCUCUACUCCAAAUACAUCACUGAAGAAAAGAGGCGGGAGCUUGUCCAACAGUACAAGGCUGGAUCAAUCACAAUUGAACGCUUCAUGGAAAUACUCAUUACGACCAUUCAGCAGCAGACCACCACCACCACCACCACUACAACAACCAUCACCACAACAACCACAAGUGCCGAUCAGGAUAAAACCGUCAAAGGAAUCAGAAAGGACGUCUCUGUUUCUGAACUACUCAAAUCAAAAAUCAUUGAUGAAACCCUCUACAAGGACCUCAGUGCUGGAAAAGUCACGGUGGCUGAAGUAAGUCAAAUGGACUCAGUGCGUAAAUACCUCGAGGGCACCAACAGCAUUGCAGGAGUUUACCUUCAGGCCACCAAGGAGACACUGAGUAUCUACGAAGCCAAAAAACGGAAUUUGCUGCCUCCUGGUACCUCCCUGAUUCUGCUGGAAGCCCAGGCUGCCACUGGCUUUGUGAUUGACCCAGUAAAGAACAAGAAACUUUCUGUAGCAGAAGCUGCAGCUCAAGGACUAGUUGGCAACGAGUGGAAGGACAAACUGCUUUCAGCAGAACGAGCAGUUACAGGAUACAAAGAUCCCUACACCGGAAACACAAUCUCUCUGUUCCAGGCCUUGAAGAAAGAUCUCAUUGUAAAGGAUCACGGUAUCCGUCUUCUUGAAGCCCAAAUUGCAACAGGAGGCAUCAUUGAUCCAAUCUACAGCCACAGAGUGCCAGUAAAGGUGGCAUAUGAAAGAGGCUACUUUGAUGAAGAAAUGAACCAGAUUUUGUCUGAUCCAGAUGAUGACACCAAGGGCUUCUUUGACCCAAACACUAAGGAGAACCUCACCUACCUUCAGCUGAUUGAGAGGUGCAUCACAGAUCCCAUAACAGGACUCAGUUUAUUCCCACUGCACAAAAUAAGUUCAGGCAAUGCAAGUAACAAGUAAACAAGUAACAAUGGUAACUAGCAUUGUUUCCUUUUUCCUGCAGCGAGUUUCAUCCGGUCCCUCCAGGCAGGUAAAAAUUGCUCUAAGGAGGAACACUGUUGGCUUGUGCUGCCAUGUGUUAGCUUGGAGGCAGAAACUUUAAAUCAGGAACGAGGUGUCGCAGCGAGCUAAGCUUGGGUCAUUAACAGACAGAGCGCUAAAAUAAAUGAUGCCACGUUCGCACAGAGCCUGCGAGGCUUCAGAUUCAGACUUAGUUCAUUCAUUGUUUGCAUCUUGGGCUGAAACUCUGUUUUAUGGUAAAUACUGAAUUUUUUGGGGGAAUGUUAAGAAAAUAACUGUUAAGACAACAAUAAAAAAAGAUUUACAGAA